UGGCGGGGUUUUUGACCCUUAACCCUGAACUUUUUAUUUAUGGCCGAUGAGCUUGGGGGAGGACAGGCCAGUGGUUGUUGUUCCCCUACGAAUAUACGGCGGGAGGAGUCGUUUGUUUCUUCUAUCCUCCAACCAAACAGUAUUCCUUAAUGGCUGCUCUCUCCCUCCCCACCAUAGAUUAGGUCUCGCUCUCUCUCUCGCUUCAGGCCCUCUUCUUUUCCUGAAAAUUGGUCAAAUUUGCGUAUAUGGAUGACCUUGUCCAAGAAUAUAGACAUUUCGGUAGAAUGAACUUGUUUGGUUUUGACCACAUAUUGAUUCCUUCCGAAUCAGAUCACCAUGAAUUUGGUUUCCUUUCGAAUCACCCAAAUCCGAUUAAUUUAGGGCCUCAGGGCAAUGUGUACGAUGCUGUACUCAAGUACAUAACCCAGAUGCUUAUGGAUGAUGAGGACUUGGAAACUAGGUCCAGUGUGUUUCAGGAUAGCUUGGCUCUCCAACAAGCUGAGAAAUCCUUGUAUGAUCUACUUGGUGAGAAGUACCCCCCUUCCCCAAACCCUAACCCGCCACCUGUUUGUGAAAAUGCAGAGAGCCCGGAUGAUGAUUUCAUUAGCUCUAGGUGUAGUUGCGUUUCUAAUAAUAGCUCUGCUAGUGUCAGCAACGUCAUUGAUUGCAGCCCAAUUGGUGAUCUGAACAAAUUUGGGGGGUCAUUGGUUGUCCAGUCUUCUCGUGUUGACAACCACAACUUUGAUGCUGUUGAUGGGACAGUGGACUCUCUUGUUGAUUCAUUUCAGGUUUUAGAUCCAUCUAAUGGCAGCCAAGCCAUCUCAUGGUUCAGGGAAGUGGAAGGGGUAGGGGAAGUUACCCAGAUACUCCCAAAGGAGGAGGCUGAGAAGAAUCGUCAAUCAAGAGGAAAGAAAAGUCAUUACCGAGAGGAUGGUGAUGAUUUGGAAGCUGGUCGGAGUAACAAGCAGUUAGCAAGUUAUGCUGAAAACUUUGACGAGCAAUCUGAGAUGUAUGACGAGUUGUUGCUUGGUCCUGCUUUGAAUCCUCAUCUGCACAAUGGGUCCUCAGCUUUUCUUUCAGAUGAAGCCCCACAGAGUGGAGUGGGCGGAAAGCUGGAGAAGAAUGGGCAGGCAACAGGAUCAAGUGGACGAAAGCCACAUCGAAAGAAAGGCAACAAAAGGGAAGUGGUGGAUUUGAUGACUCUCCUUACUCAAUGUUCACAAGCUAUGGCGAGCACUGAUAACAGAACUGCUAAUGAUCUGCUGAAGCAGAUCAGGCAACACUCUAGUCCUCGCGGCGAUGGUACUGAAAGAUUGGCCCAUUACAUUGCAAAUGCCCUUGAGGCACGCUUGGCUGGCACUGGGAGAGCAGUGGAUGCACCACAUUUGAUCAAGAGGUUAUCAGCUGCUGAUACCUUAAAAGCUUAUGAGGCAUUUCUUACAGCGUCCCCUUUCCAGAAAGUGUCAUUUUUCUUCGGAAAUAAAUUGAUUUUGAAACUAGCUGAGAAAGCAACACAGAUUCACAUAAUUGAUUUUGGAAUUACACAUGGCUUUCAAUGGCCCAACCUUAUCCAGCAUCUCUCUCGGAGACCCGGUGGCCCUCCCAGGGUUCGCAUUACAGGAAUAGACUUUCCCCAAGCCGGUUUUCGUCCUGAAGAAAGGGCCGAGGAAACUGGACGUCUCCUGGCAUAUUAUUGUGAGAAAUUUAAUGUCCCAUUUGAGUACAAUAGUGUAGCAAAGAAAUGGGAUACUAUCCGAGUUGAGGAUCUCAAGAUUAAGAGAGAUGAGGUGCUUGCUGUUAAUUGUUUGUACUGGCUGAGGUGUGUCCUGGAUGAGACAAUAGAGGGCAGUCCACGGGAUGCUGUUCUGAACUUAAUCAAGAGAACCAAUCCAGAUUUAUUCAUCCAUGGAAUUGUUAAUGGAACAUACAGUGCCCCCUUCUUUGUCACACGAUUCCGGGAAGUACUGUUCCAAGCAUAUUCAAUGUUUGAUAUGUUUGAUGCUGUUUUACCGCGUGACAAUCAGGGGAGGAUGUUAUAUGAAAGAGAGGUCUUGGGGGGUGGUACAAUGAGUGUCAUAGCAUGUGAGGGUACUGAGAGGGUUGUAAGGCCAGAGACAUAUAAGCAGUGGCAAAUUCGGAACACGAAGGCUGGGUUGAGGCAGCUCCCACUCGAUCCUGAGAUUAUGGAGGAUGUGAGGGCUAAAGUCAGGUUGGGUUACCACAAGGAUUUUGUGCUGGAUGUGGACGGCAACUGGAUGCUGCAGGGAUGGAAGGGGCGAAUCUCAAGUGCUAUCUCCUGUUGGAAACCUGCUCAAGAAAUAAAAAACUAGCAAUGCUAUUGGUUAGAAUUGAUAAAUUAUGAUGCUCUAGUAAUUCAACAAUUUGUAAACCUGAUAGAGGUACCCACAUUUUUUUCAAUCAUGUAUAUCUCUGAUUUUGUGCAUAUUUUUGUUAUAAAAUUUGUUCUACUUUAUUUCCAUAA